GGUGCUACUGCUGAUCACAUAUUUACCUGCCUUUGACCUGUAUUGAUACCACCUGGGCCUUAUACUUUCCUGCAGCUAUAGUUUUGUUGUUGUCAGGUUGCAACAGUCUGGUUUUCUUAAGUUAGUAGAAAUGGCUUCUCAAGUGCGUCAGAACUUCCAUGCUGAGUGUGAGGCUGCUGUGAACCGCAUGGUGAACUUGGAACUUCAUGCUAGCUAUGUUUAUUUGUCCAUGGCCUACCACUUUGACCGUGAUGAUGUUGCCCUGAGCCACUUGGCCAAGUUCUUGAAAGAGCAGUCCCAGGAAGAGAGGAAGCAUGCAGAGAAGUUCCUGAAAUACCAGAACAAGCGUGGGGGGCGCAUCAUGCUGCAGGAUGUCAAGAAGCCAGAGCAGGAUGAGUGGGAGAGCAGCCUGGAUGCCCUGCAGGCUGCCCUGGAGCUGGAGAAGAACCUGAACCAAGCCCUGCUGGAUCUGCACAAGCUAGCAACAGGGAAAGGAGACCCUCAUCUGUGUGACUUCCUGGAAUCUGAAUACCUGGAGGAGCAGGUGAAGGCUAUCAAGCAGCUUGGAGACCACCUCACCAAUCUGAGGCGCUUGGGCGUGCCCCACAAUGGCAUGGGAGAGUACCUCUUUGACAAGCUCACCUUGAAGACAAGCAGCUGAGCUCCAGUCUGAAACCUUGUGAACAGUGUGUCUACAAAAAAUAAUAAACCCAGAUACUUGCAAGAAAA